AUGCUCCCUGCGUCUACACUUGACGAGGAAAAUAAAAGUUCGCCCAGUAGAGCUACUACGGGAGAAUCGUCAGAGUUCAAUCCCGUCGAUGAGAGACAGGAUGCUUGCAUGGGACACGUUGAAAACAAGUCUGAGAACACUUCCAAUGUAAGAGAGGCCAUCGUUUCAUUUUUUCAUGGUACCCAGGACACGUCUGUUUUGCCUCAGCCUAACUUGACCAAUUUUGCCCAACCCAUUACUUCAGUUUUGCCUCAGCCCAACUCAACCAAUUUUGCCCAACCCAAUACUUCUGUGUUGCCUCAGCCUAGCUCAACCAAUUUUGCUCAACCCAAUGUUGCUCAACCCAAUGUUUCUCAACCCGCCGUCAUUCAGUUGCUCCAGAUGCUUGCAAAUUCGAGUCUUCAACAAACCAUUUCUAAUAAUGCUUUUGGAACAUUUCCUGUCAUUACUCAAGCCCAGCAAAAUUUGCUUACCCAGUCAAACACGAGCUCCAGCACCAGCUCCAGUGCCACUUCAGCACCAGUGUCCCAACUUUUGGUUAACCAGUCAACCACCAGCUCUGGUGCCAUUUCAGCACCAGUGUCCCAACCUUCGGUUAACCAGUCAACCACAAGCUUUGGUUUCAGUACCAGUUUUACACCAAGCAGUGGAGUGUCUUUGCUACAGAUGAUGCAAAAUGACUCAAUCGACGAAAACGCUGAAGAUGAAAAUGGAGAUGCCGACGAAGAGUACGAGGGGGCCGACGAGGAAAAUGGAGAAGAGGAAGAACCUCUAGACAACGCACCAGUUCGAAGAUCUCGACGGAAAGACCUCAACCUCUAUUCUUCGAACCAGUGGGACCCAUUGAAAAACUCAGCUCAUUCAGAGUUCCAACGAAGAUUCAAACUAUUUGCCAGUGCCGUCGACGACUCAACGCCGACGGCGUUCUUGAAAAGCAAAAUUCCCACUCUCUUUACGAAUGUCUUGUACAAGCCAAAUGCCACGACGCAAUCUUUCCCCACCAGACGCAAGCGCUUGCAGCUUUUACUGACACCUCCGGCGACAGGUGACCAACCCGAGCCGGCGCCCCCGACUAGAGUUGCCAUCAAACUCGAAACCAAACAGGUACUGAGAAACCGCGCAAACUAUGGUAAGCCCGCUCCAAUGUCUGUCCCUCCGCCUCCUAUUCCUGCUAUUUCCAAGCAGGAUAAAGUCGCCGCAAUGACUCAACAGAGCACGUCAGACCUAACUGCGCUUGCUUCUUCAGAAACGUCAUCGGAUGAGCAAUUACUUGGCGAAUAUAAGAAGAAGGUUGAAGCUAUCCAGCGCCGCAUUGAGGAACGAAACAAGCCUAACUCAACUGGCGCCAUCGAGACACCGUCGACCAUCAGCAAAGCCAUAUUCGACAAUCACGAUACUGAUGACAAAGACCCCAAUUCCAACGCAAAAUCGAAGAACGCACUGGCAUCUCUUUCCGCUUCGGUCAUUCCUCCCCCGCAAACCAAGACACAAUCAACAAAGUCAAAAAUCACACCACUUCAAAGAGUAGCCAGUAUGAGCACAGGACUCGCACCUGAGAAUGUCUCGAAGAAGAACAUUCAAAAUGUCAAAGUUGUUACGGGCGGCAACUUUAAAGCUUUUAUGAGUUCCUCUGCUACAAGAGAACAGAUCCAAAAAGAGAACAAAACAAAGAAGAAGUCCAAGGCAGAAAAAUAA